AUGUUGAACCUUGGUACUUCAGGUAAUGAAUGUUUGUUUUUCAAAAGUAUUGUUCUAUGACUAUGUGUAGGUGAUAACAUGGUUCAAGCGCAAUUUGGAUAUAAUCGAUGCACGAGCUGAGUGAGUUUUUCAAACUAAGACUAUCAAAAUAGCACAAGCUGCAAACCUUGCUAUUAUACUAGCUUUUUAAUCGCCGAAUACGCGCGAGUUCCGCAGUGAGGCCUGCGAGGGUACUAUUUCAGCUUGGCUAAUUGCACGCGUGGGCCGAAAAGAGAAAAAAAAUACAGUGGGUUAGAAAGUUCAUCCGGUUAUUUCACUGAUGACUGAUCUCAAAAAUAUGGCCGGCUGUCGGGAGCAUAGAAAUUACUACAUGCAUGCAACAACCUCUCGCUCUCAUUUUCCAAACAUUAUUUCAACAUGAAGUAUUAUUCUUAAAUACACCAACUCUGAAUGCAGGCUCGCGUUGCUCGCGUCAUGUUAGCCAUGGGCCGCCCAUGGCAGCACGAUCAUUGUGUUUUGGUGCAAAACGGCGAAAAAAAUUAAUGUUUCACGCCUUUACAAGGCAGUCGGAAAUAAAUAAAUAUGGGGGGGGGGCUCAGGAAUAAAUCUGAAUUUGCUUUCGCACUUUUCUAGUUCUUUUGUGUGUUUUGCUUUUCCAAAUGGAAAUUAUUGGGGUAGGCGGGGGAGGGGCGGGGGAGGCUCAAUUAUCCUCACUUGUUCCUUUGUUCCCGAAGCUUCCAUGUUCCCUAGUUCCAUAUGAUAUUUACGGUAUUGUUCCCUUAUUUCCAUGCAAUAUAGUCAUGCUCCCUUGUUCCCUAGAAAUCCCUGGGAGACUUUCACAUGUGAGCUUGACAUGGGCCACCUUUUACUCCUCCGUAACACGUAGUGACUGGAACUCACCGGUGCCAAUAACAAGCCUUGGCCAAUUUUAUCUAUAUAAUCAAUCUUUUCAGUGACUGGAAUAUAUUUUAAAAUUGCAUAGCAAAUAUCAACAAACUUUUUAUUAUUAUUCUUAAUUUUAAAGGCAAACCGACGCAUUUCCGCCAAGUCAGAAUAAGAGCUCCUGAUUCUGCUCGUGAAUUUAAGUUUGUGUGUUAUUAACUUCAGCCUUACACGUUUGCAUUAAUUUCAUAUGUAUGUAAACACUUUGACUUAUACUGCAUGGCGAUUAGAAUACCGUCCAUUAAAGUGAAAUGUUUAAAUAUAAAUAUUUUAUUAGGAUUUCACCUAGUUUUGUGGCUUGGUUAAUUCAACGUGGGAAUAUCCCCCUGAGAAUUUUUCGGACAUUUUGCGACUUCACUUGUUUCUAGGGUAGGGAGUUUAUUUCCCUCCUUUGCGUCCUCCCCGGCAUGGUUGGAAAUUUGUACAGGCAUUCAAUGUUCAGUGUUAUUAGUUUAUUAUACUGUAACGUUCACUGCAAUAUGUACAACAAAUAAUUUACAGUGUUCAUUAACUGCUAAAAAAGGUUUUGAAGUUGCUCUUUUUCUCGACUUUGAUAAAUGGUCGAAUUAUAAUAUUUAUUUGCAUUGCUAUGUAUAGCACUUUUGUUAGUUAAAUCGUCUCGAAUGCAGUGUUGAAUACAGAACGCAUUCAGAUCUUAGGGUUAUAUAUUGGAUUGUUAUUAACGUUAAGUACACCGAGGAUGGUUAUUUUGCUCCCAAAGCCCAACGGUGGAGUAUUUGAUCAUUUUCAAGUCUUGCGAUUGUGUUCCUGUAUUUGGACCCCAUAGUGGAUUCUUGCUCAUUCUCACUGCCCAACAAAUGUCCCAGGAGGAAAUGGACACGCAUGAUUUAAGGCAUAUUCACGAUUCCACUUAGGGAGCCAUUUAUCACAACACGAAUAACCUCAUAGGAAAUCAAAUACUACAAAACACCGAAAUACUGUAUAUUAAUCUUGAACAGGAAAAGGUGGUUCACGCGAUAGUCGGUCACCCCAAAAACAAGAAUCAAAAGGCUUUGUUUCCACUUUGCAGGAAAUGUUACCGCGGUGGUUUACAGGAAACGCGGAUGACAGUCCCAGAGGAAAUAAGCGAAGACACCGUCCUAAUACCACGUCACAGACACAAAACGGAGAUGUAAAAGAAAGAAGACGCCGCCGACAAUCGAGAAGAAGAGGUGAUGUGCUGGAAAACAGACGGGAAGAGAGAUAUCAGUCUCAAGAGACCGAGUUAAGAAGACGGGGACGGCGAAAAAACAGGAAAAAGGAACAUGUUCUUGAAGGUUAUCCGAAUCCAGGUUAUGAUCUGAAUCUGGCGUGGGAUACAGUCAGUAUUGACAGCUCACCGGUGUGA